AUGGCCGUUGUUACUUACAAACAAAAUAUUACAGACUCACUUGCGCAAUCGAUAGAAAGUUUGAUUAAAUCGCAAAGCGUGGAAACCGAUGAACGACCGAACAAGCGUCGCAAACUUAUUCAGGAUGUGACAGACGAUUCGUUUCAGGUAGCAGAUACAACAGCUCAUGAUGAUUAUGUUGUUCUAUGUCGGAUCACUAUCGAUUUGGCGUGUCCUGGGGGGGGUUUCUCAGAGUCCCUACCCACGACCGAUGGCCUACCUGUAUUGCUGAAAUAUCGAAACGAGAAGCGCAUUCUAUCUUCGUCCGAUCUCGAACUGUCCGAUUCUCAACGCACCUCCGGCAACGACACUAAUGAGCACUGGCUUGACGUUCGGACAAUCAACCGAAAACAGAUUUCAUCUGUCCGAUUAAUAGAAGUUGAUGUCGAAAAUGUCGUCUCACAUUUGUCGCUUGCCACACGCGCCACGUCGAUAGACAUACCCAACGGAGAUAGGUCCCUCUUCUGCUAUCGCGCCCGUGUCUCCUGCCAAGAUUCCCAUUCUUUUCGCCUGCGCGUUGAUGUUCUCUGGAAAGAUACUUUGUUCAUUCCAGCCAAUGCCAGGGUGAAAGGACCUCCGGGAUUAGCUUUCGUGAAAUAUACACCACCUGGAGAAGGUUUGUACCGACAAACAGAACAAUCUUAUAAAGGCCGGGUACAGCAUCCCCGAUGGACACCUCGCGAUUUUUAUGACAACGUUCAUGUUCCAGCCGAUACGCCCGAGGCGUCCAGUGAGAUAAUAUGUCCGCAGGUCAAAUGCAAGCUUUAUCCGUUUCAAAACCGGGCAGUGCGAUGGCUACUAGAGAAAGAAGGCAUGGAGCUAGAUAUGUACGGGAACGUAGUUCCGAUGAAAACGAAGACUGCCGGGCUACCAGAGUCUUUUCAAGAGUUUACAGAUGUGGAAGGGCGACGUUAUUUCUCCAGCCAACUCUAUAGGGUUGUGGCUACCGAUAUGUCUCCUUGGUACGAUUCAGAUAGAAACCUAAGAGGUGGUAUCCUUGCUGAAGAAAUGGGUCUCGGGAAGACAGUCGAGUUGAUCUCAUUAAUCUCUCUUCAUCGACGCGACAUGACAGCUAGUGAUAGUGACGGACAUCAUCCUGUCAUUAAAUCCCGCGCAACUCUUAUUAUCACGCCUCCUGCGAUUCAUGAGCAGUGGAAGCAGGAGCUACAAGUGCACGCACCGUCACUCACAGUCUUCGAUUAUCAGGGUUUUCAAGCAAAUUCGAAGCUGUCUGAAGAACAGCUUCUGUCUUCACUUACAGAAACUGACGUGGUCCUGACCACGUAUAAUGUGCUUUCAAAAGAGGUCCAUAGGGCAACUGACCCACCAAAGCGGAAUAUGCGCCACGAGAAACGUUUUGAAGUUCCAAAAUCGCCGCUUGUGCGCAUUUCUUGGUGGCGAGUUUGUCUUGACGAGGCUCAAAUGAUUGAAAGCGGUGUCAGUAAUGCCGCUCAAGUUGCUCGUCUUAUUCCUCGUGUGAAUGCCUGGGCCGUAACGGGGACUCCCAUACGCAAAGACAUGAGAGACCUUUUUGGACUUUUGCAGUUUUUAAGAUAUGAGCCAUUCUGCGGCUCUCUUGAUCUUUGGAGCAGACUUUACAGUGAUUACUACUCAGCAUUUAAGUCGAUAGUCAGUAGACUGGCUUUACGACAUAGCAAGGAGUUCAUCAGAGAUGACUUGAAAUUGCCGCCACAAAAACGUGUCGUUAUAACUAUUCCUUUCACUGCGGUUGAAGAGCAGCACUACAGCGAACUGUUUGAAAAGAUGUGUGAGGACUGCGGUGUUGAUCUUAGUGGGGCGCCUCUCGAGAAGGAAUGGAAUCCUGAAUCCCAGGCCUCGAUAGAGAAAAUGCGAAGUUGGCUUACUAGGCUUCGUCAGACAUGCCUUCACCCUGAAGUUGCUCGCCGGAACCGUAGAGCACUAGGCAGGACGAACGGACCGUUACGAUCUGUGAAUGAGGUACUCGAGGUCAUGAUUGAUCAGAACGAGACUUCUAUUCGUGCUGAAGAACGUUCGUUACUACUUUCGCAAGCUCGUCGUGGUCAAUUACUUGAAAAUGCCAUUCGGCGGCGAGAGGCUCUGGAGAUUUGGCAAAAGGGAUUAGAACGUGCGACCCAGAUGGUCGAUGACUGCAGAGAAGAACUGCAAGCUGAAAUUGCGAAAACUAAAAGCAGUGUCAUCAGCGCAUCGGAUCCCGGCUCAGAUAGUGAGAGUGAAAAGGAUGAAGCCGAUCAAUCAGGCAAAAAUACUCGUAUCGGAGCUUGCAAAUCACGUCUCCGAUCAGCUUUGGAAGUACAACAUGUUUGCAAGUUCUUCACGGCUAAUGCAUUCUAUCAGAUCAAGACUGAUAAGACGAUGACGGAACCUGAUUCAGAGGAGUUCAAGGCCCUUCAGAAAGCCGAAGAAGAAGCGUACGAUGAAGCGAAAUUAAUUCGAAAGGAAAUGCUGAAAGAUGUUGCACGGAAGGCCACAAAACGCAUUAAAGUGCUUGACGAUAAAGCAAAAGGCAAUUCCUUUGUCAAAAUUCCUGUGAUGAAGGUUAAACUUCCAACCCUGGGAAUUGAGGCACGCCGAAUAUUCGAGAGACUCGAAAACCUCUGUGACGCUUUGAAUAAGAAUCGCGAGCUGUUUAAUGAAUGGCGAGAUACAAUGGUUAAACUACUUCGGCAGUCGUUGGUUGACGAAGAAAGAACUACCGAACUUGAAGGCAACGAAUAUGAGACCUCAACCAAACAUCAAGACGAGAUGUAUGUCUACAUGGAGGGGCUCCGUGUAUUGUUCGCCGAUCGCCACGAAGCUCUUACUGGUCAAAGUAAUUUUUUGAUCAAGAAUGAAGUCAGAUUCGCGGUAAACGAGGCGCGAGAGGGAAAUGGUGCGUCUCCCAAACUGUACCUUAAGCUCAUGGGAACUCGUGAUGGAAUAAAACCGAAGCCGGAUCUGGGUUCACUCCGAGGACUCAUCAGCGAUAUGCGAAGCCUGGCGACAUCGCUAGAAUGGCAAGCCAUGGAAGGGAGUUCACGAGCUCGAGCGGAAUCCGUGAUUGUUAACGAGGCCCUUGAGCGUAUGAGUAAGACAUCAGUCGAACAGGCAAAAUCAAUUGCAGUAUUGGACCAGGAAGUUGAGCUGUUCAGGGAUACGAUGAACAUCAGACUGGAGUACUAUAAACAACUGCAACAAAUCUCAGACACUGUUGCUCCAUAUGAUGAAGGAAGUGUGGGCAAGCCUGUAGAUCAGGCAGUUUAUGAUUCAAAAUUGGAAAUCGAACACAAGAUGCAGCAGAAAUUGGACAGUCUACAGUCUAAGCGACGAUAUCUGAUUCAUUUACGAGAUGAGUCUGAGCCAGACGAAAGUACGCGAAUGUGUAUCAUUUGUCAGUCUACGUUUGAAAUUGGCGUUUUGACUGUUUGUGGUCAUAAGUUCUGUAAGGGCUGUUUACGUAUUUGGUGGCAUCAACACCGAACAUGUCCGACAUGCAAGCGGAAGCUAAAGGCAAACGAUUUUCAUCAAAUCACGUACAAACCAAAGGAGCUGCUUGUACAAGAGGAGAGAACGCCGACUAAGGUCGAAUAUGGACGCCCUUCGCAGAACGGCAUAUAUUCAGACGUUAGUACGGGCAUUCUGCAAGAGAUCAAAGACAUUGAUCUACCCACCUCCUUCGGCACCAAGAUUGAUACGUUGUCUCGACACUUGAUGUGGCUUCGCGAGCAUGAUCCUGGAGCCAAGUCAAUUGUGUUUUCACAAUAUAGAGACUUCUUGGGAGUCUUAGCCAAUGCAUUUUCUCGGUUCAAGAUUGGGUUCAGUAGUGUGGAGGCUAAAAAUGGAAUUCAGAAGUUCAAGGAGGAUGCUGCGGCUGAGUGCUUUUUACUACAUGCUCGAGCCCACUCCUCAGGUCUCAACCUUGUUAAUGCAACCCAUGUUUUCCUUUGCGAACCUUUGAUCAAUACCGCAAUCGAGCUGCAAGCCAUUGCUCGUGUACACCGUAUCGGCCAACAUCGUCCGACAACAGUGUGGAUGUAUCUUGUGUCCGACACUGUUGAGGAAUCAAUCUAUCAAAUCUCCGUCUCUCGAAGACUGAGUCACAUUGUGCAAAAAGAAAAAGAGAAACAGAAAGAUCUAAACUCUCCAAGCCCUGGACUGAAGAAUGGAACCACGAUAGAGAAUCUUACCGAAACGGCUAUUGAGUCAGCUAAUUCUCUAGAAAUCCAGGAUGCUACUUUGAGCAAAAUGUUUGCUUCGGGCUCUGCAGGAGGCGAGCUGGUUGGUAAAGACGAUCUUUGGCAGUGUCUAUUUGGUGAUGGACAAAGAAAAACCUUACCGAGUAAGAAUGAUGACGCCGUGCGGGAAGUCGAUCGGUUCUUGAGAGGAGAGGCGGCAGAGAAGAGAAGACAAGAUACAAUGGAUUUUUGAAAUGGACACGGACGUUUACGAACUUUAUGACAUUAUUGACUUUGUCAUUCAUAUAGCCUGCAUCUGGUGAUCAUUUGAUGUAGUAAUUUAUGAGGCAACAACGCGAACAACUGUGCAAAUU